CCCCGCAAACAGUCAUCUUUCCACUCAUCAAUUCCUCUGUCUCUCUCUCUUUCUCUCUCUCUCUCUCUCUCUCGCGCGCGCGUCCUAGUCGUGUCCUUCCAAAUCAGCCAGACUGCCGUCGUCGACCUUCUCAUGUACCACCUGUACCACCGUCCGACUGUCUUCUGAUUUUCCGUUACUUUAGGCAUGAGCGUCAUCAACGCCGCAUGGGGCGGCACCACUCCGAUUCCUGCUCGACUGAUACGUUCUGCCCUUCAUUCCCAAACGGCUCUUCAUUGCACCACCAUUAAUCACAAGGCUCAUGCACGACAGAUACAUGGAUGCCGUGGCCUUGACGCUCAACGGACGAGCACGGUUGUGACCAAGAGACCCUCGACCGCACCAUCGGCCACGGCCUUAGCAGGUUGUAAACCUCAUCCUCGUUCAAAUCGACCCUUUUCUACCUCGAACUCCAACAACGCGAGCAAAGACCCGUAUGCGACCUUGGGCGUUGGCAAGUCUGCCUCAUCCUCGGAGAUUAAAAAGGCGUAUUAUGCGCUAGCUAAGAAAUAUCAUCCCGAUACCAACAAAAGUCCAGAAGCGAAGGAGAAGUUUACAGACGCCCAGUCGGCAUAUGAAAUGCUCAAUGAUCCGCAGAAGAAGGCGGCAUAUGACCAGUUUGGUGCUGCGGCUUUUGAUCAGAAUGGAGGUUUUAAUCCUGGGGCUACGGGAGGUAAUCCUUUCGCCGGAGGGGCUGGUGGGGGCAAUCCUUUUGCAGGCUUUGGUGGUGGAUUUGGAGCGGAAUUCAACUUUGAGGAUUUGUUCGGGGCCUUUACAGGCGGUCGCCGAGGAGGGAGAAGCCGUGGUUUCCAGCAGGAGGAAAUUUUGGUGGGAGAAAACAUUGAAGUUCAAACCAAUAUUUCCUUUAUGGAUGCGGCACAUGGAACGACCAAAAACAUCACCAUCACGCCACAAGUACAAUGUGGGACUUGUACAGGCAAUGGGCUGAAGAAAGGGUCGUCUCGACAGAUGUGCAAAACAUGUGGGGGAACUGGCACCAGGGUCAUUCAACAGGGUGGAUUUCAAAUGGCUACGACGUGUGGAAGUUGUAGCGGCAGUGGCGCCUCGAUCCCACGUGGGUCCGAAUGCGGCACCUGUUCGGGCUCAGGUGUGGUGCGACAACGCAAGACUAUCCCCAUCGAGAUCCCGGCCGGUGUGGAAGAUUCGAUGCGCAUGCGGGUUUCUGGUGAAGGAGACGCGCCGCCAACAGGACUGUCUCCAAAUCCCAAUGUUCGGUCUCAGGCUGGAGACCUCUUUAUCUUUAUCAGGGUGGCUCCAGAUGCACGCUUCAAGCGAAACGGAGCGGAUGUGUUGUAUACAGCGUCGAUUCCUCUAACCACGGCGAUUUUGGGUGGGGAAGUUCAGAUACCAACCCUGGACGGCGAAGUCAAAGUUCGCGUGGCCACGGGGACUGGCACGGGCGACAAGAUCACACUGGGAGGCAUGGGCAUGAAAAGACUUAAUGGCCGCAACUCUGCUGGAGACCUGAGGGUGGAGUUCAAAGUCAAUAUGCCCAAGUACCUUAGCGCCAACCAAAGGACUCUAGUGGAAAUGCUGGCCGAUGAGAUGAACGACAAGACGGCCAAGCGAAUCAUGAACAUUGGCCAGUAUAAACAGGAGUCGUCCACAGAGCCCAAGUCGAAGACGGCAAACAAGGCGGCCGACCACAAGAACGAAGGUUUUUUGAAAUCAGCCUGGCAUCGACUGACACACCAACACGACAACCUUGAGCCCGAGACGGCGGAAGGCGAAGGCAAAAGCUCAAGCUCCCAGGGUCAGAAGGAUCCAAAGGGGGCGGGGACCGAGUCAAAGGAUGGGGAGGGCAAAAAAGAAGCCGGGUCGGGCUGAUGGAUCUUGCACCGCUCCGCUGCCGGUGGCAAUCUUGUAUCACUCAUAGCGAUGGGACAGCCGAAAGGAAGGUGGCUGGGGUUCAAGGCGCACUGUGGUGCCAUGUUGAUUGGUACCUUUGGGUGGGUCAUUUGUACAGAUAUUGGAUCAAGAUACAGAACUCCAGGGAAAUCCAUCAACUCAGUGUACAAUAGUAUAAAAAGACGGUGAUGUUGUGGCAGCUUGCCAGUGGGUCUUUUGAGACUUUGGUACUCUACUCCGUAGUACAACUUCAGUUGUUCGCCCAAAGAGAGCGCGCGGACCUCAGGCGGGC